AAUGAAUGUGUCAAUUCUGUAGUAAACGUCACGGAUUCGAUAUGCCAAAAGCACACAUGCACCACCCCUUGAUGACAGUAGCCGAGACGGGUUACGCCCACUGAUGCUAGUAUUCAUCCGACUCCACAGAUUUACUCACCAUCUUCUUCUGCAACUUCAGGUUUCGUAUUUUUCUGAUCGUCUGCGAAUGUCGAAUCUAACGACGUUUCAGCAAGUUCUAUACCAUCUACGCUACUAUCCCCGGUGGCCAUUUUGUCAUCUAUGACUUCACUUUAACCAACACCUUCACUUUUGCACGACGUGUGACACUCAAAAGCAUAUCUGAUGAUUAUGAUUUCUGUCUCAUGAUCGAGGAUUCUUCAAGUAAAACAAGGUUCAUGCUUGGGUAAAAAUUGGCGAAUGUUCCCCUAUAUGCAUUAGAGGUAGCUUGGCCACACCAUUGAGAAACUCAUUCUCCUGUCCUGAGUGGGUGGAAGCAGCGCAGCGGGUGGACUUCAUUGGGCAGGACACAAUCGAAGGGAGAGCGUAGAAAGAAAGAGAGCGGUAUAGUACGAAAAUGGGAUAUCAAAUGAAAGUGUCUCCUUACGUGUUUGUCCUCAGGAAAUAUACUCUUUUAAAAAUUCAGAUAUGACAAAUCCACAGCACUAGUGAAUCAUCCUUUUCACAUUUCGGCAAGAUUUUGCAUAUUUUUGUUCCUUUAUUUAAAUUUCACUCAAAGGAUGAUGAAGAUGUCUGAGUAUUCGCCCUUUGCAAAGCUGAAAUGACAGCUCAGCUGACAGUGUUUUGUUCGAGAUAGCACAUUGACUUCGGUACAAGUGGCGAGCACAGGAGAAACAUUCUGCCCGUCCCUCAUCAGAUCGCGUAAAUAAGUAUGUGGUAAAAUGUCGGGGAAGGCCAAGUCUGAAGGCACAGCCAAAAUGUGAUGCCUUUUCGUUGUCCUAGCCGACCUUGAGUCUUUGAAGUUCAUUUGAAUAUAUCUUCUCCCAAUCAUAUUUACAUGACCUCCCAUUGAGAAGAGAUUGUAUCCUUGAAAGUCAUGGCUGAAAAUACACCUGAAAGUGAUUUGGGGAGUAUAGAAUGUUUUCAGAACUACACGGCGCCCGAAGUUUUUAUCCAAGGACUUGCGGGAAUCGUGAAUCAACAAGAUGUUGAAGCUAUGAUUCGAGCUCAGAAACAGAUGCUUCAGAGAUUUGAGAAAACAAAUGAAAUGUUAACCAACUGUAAUGCUUUGUCUGUAAAUCGUCUGAAGACAGCUGGCACUGAAUUUAAGAAACACACACAACUGCUUUUGGAGAUGAAAAAAGAUUUGGAUAAUAUUUUCAAAAGGAUUAGAGUAUUAAAAAAUAAGCUCUCUAGUCAGUACCCAGAGGGAUUUGAAGUUGCAGCCCAACAACAAGUUUGCAAUGACUUGGAUGUUGAAGAAACCUUCAGUGCAGCAUGUGCCUCCAAGCACGAGGAGUCUCCUGAUUUGCCUCCUCAUAAUGUGAGCGCAGGUACAUUGGAAUGUGAUACCUACUCUGGAGGGUACAGUAGGCUUUUAGAGGAAGCCAGCACCCCUGAACAUCAUCAGAGGGUGAAGCGAGGAAAUAGUUCAUCUACUGACAGUCCAAAUGGUAACAGCAACAAUGAGUCCUCUCCAUGUACUUCAGAUACAGGAUGAUUGAAGUUGUCUCGUGUUCACUCUCAUGUGCACUGAGUGACAAAGUCAUGUUUUCCUGCACUCUUUACCUCAGGGUGAAUUAUCUUCAUAGAAUUGAAUAUACCAUUGCUAAGUGUCGUUUCAAAAUAUAGUUUUCCAUUUAGCGUUUUGUUUUUUGUGUACAGCUUCAAAAUCAUUUUACAGUGAGAAAUAUUUGAGUGAUGUGAAUAAUACAUAUAGUUACCGUGGCAUGUAUACUUUGUGAGAGACAUAGAAUACAAAGUCUUUUCAUCAUCAUCAACUGUAUAUUGAUGUUAGAUAAUAAUAUGAAAAAAAGAAAGAAAUGGAAUUUGAUAUUAAGAGUCUAUCAAUUAAACUGCUUUGGAAAGAAUAGACAUACGUAGAGUAUGUACAUACUGUAAUAAGUUUUAAUAAAGUAAUAUAAAUAGUGUUUCGUGUUUAAUGUUAAGUUAUGUCAAGUCAAUUUUUUCCAUAUUUUGCAUUAUUGAUUUACAAAAUUUGUUCAAAGUUUCAUUAUUGUUAUUAUUGUAUAAGAUUAAUUUUGUAUAUAAUGACUGUUUAAUUAUUGUGUUAAUGUGGAAUUUUAAUUUGUAUCAGUGUGUGAAAAUAUACUCAGUUUUUUACAUAAUGCCAUUUUUGGAUUGUUUUAUUUGAGCUUGUUUGCAAUGCAAAUGUGUGUUAAAUAAAAUGCACGAUGUAUUUUUA